AUGAUCGACACUGAGCUGGUAAUUCCCGAUAAGGACGAAUCAGACACCAGAACCAUGAAAGACGCUGUAAAUUCGCUGGAUGAGCCUCUCGAGGAAGAUCUUUACAUUAAGUAUAAGAAGCUGCAAAAGAUGCUGGAGUUCUUAGAGGUGCAGGAGGAAUACAUAAAGGAUGAGCAGCGAAACUUAAAGAAGGAAUAUCUACACGCGCAGGAAGAAGUCAAACGCAUACAGUCGGUACCGCUGGUGAUCGGCCAGUUCCUGGAAGCGGUCGACCAGAACACCGGAAUUGUUGGUUCGACGACGGGUUCCAACUAUUAUGUGCGCAUUUUGUCCACCAUUGAUCGGGAACUGCUAAAGCCCUCGGCCAGCGUAGCCCUGCACAAGCAUAGCAAUGCAUUGGUCGAUGUACUGCCACCGGAGGCGGAUAGCUCGAUUUCCAUGCUCCAAGCAGACGAGAAGCCGGACGUUCAAUACUCGGACAUCGGCGGCAUGGACAUGCAGAAGCAAGAAAUUCGUGAGGCCGUCGAGUUGCCACUUACGCAUUUCGAGCUGUACAAGCAGAUCGGUAUCGAUCCUCCACGCGGUGUACUGAUGUAUGGACCGCCUGGAUGCGGAAAGACUAUGCUGGCCAAGGCCGUCGCCCACCACACUACAGCAGCCUUCAUUCGCGUGGUUGGUUCUGAGUUUGUACAGAAGUACCUCGGCGAAGGCCCACGCAUGGUGCGUGAUGUGUUCCGUUUGGCAAAGGAAAAUUCGCCCGCUAUCAUCUUCAUUGACGAAAUCGACGCCAUUGCGACGAAGCGUUUUGAUGCGCAAACUGGUGCCGAUCGCGAGGUGCAGCGCAUCCUGCUCGAGCUGCUCAACCAGAUGGACGGGUUCGAUCAGACGACGAACGUGAAAGUGAUCAUGGCCACCAACCGUGCCGAUACGCUUGAUCCAGCCCUAUUGCGACCGGGUCGUCUCGAUCGAAAGAUCGAAUUCCCGUUGCCAGAUCGGCGACAGAAACGACUGAUCUUCUCCACCAUUACCGCCAAGAUGAACCUCUCGGAGGACGUGGACCUGGAGGACUUUGUCGCACGACCGGACAAGAUUUCCGGCGCUGACAUCAACGCCAUCUGCCAGGAGGCCGGUAUGCACGCGGUGCGCGAAAAUAGGUACAUUGUCCUGGCUAAGGACUUCGAAAAAGGAUACAAAAACAAUAUCAAGAAAGACGAAACGGAACACGAGUUCUAUAAGUAAGCAAGUGAGGCACGCCGCGCCCUUUCUGUGGGUUCGGUGUUCGGUAUUUGGCUAAACCUCACCCAAUUCGUAUAAGUGGCAACAAAAUAUAGCAGAUUUUCCCACA